AUGGUCUUCACUCUUGAUACAGCCAGGGAAGCAGAUGCUCCUCGCAUCGCCGAUAUUCACAUGGCGGCAUUUCACACCAAUGGCAUGCUUCUGGCCCAGUUUCCCACACCGGCCGUGCGAAAGGGGCUAUGGACGUCGCUAGUCGACAAAGCCAUCAAAGAGAUUCGAGAUCCGCAAUGGGAGGUACUAGUCGUUAGAGAGGAUCAUAAUCGAGUUGUCAGCUUUGCCAAAUGGUGUCUUCCUGUUUCCGAAUCGACGCCAUAUGAAGAAGAGCCAUGGCUAUGGCCUGAAGGCACCGAUAUGGCUACUUUGAACGCUUGGACAGAGAAGGUCGAGCAGGUAGCGGACGAAAUAAUGGGGAGAACACCAUGCUAUUGCCUUACCUUUAUUGCGACUGACCCAUCUUAUGCCCGUCGUGGAGCAGGGUCGCUGUUGGUCAACUGGGGAAUUGAACGCAGCAAGAAAGAGAAUCUUCCCAUUGCCUUGGAAAGCACACUGGGCGCUGUACCAUUCUACGAGAGAUUUGGAUUUCAAGCAGAAGCGCAUAUCUCCAUGCCACUGGAAGGCAGCGUCAAGGAUGGUGAAAUCGUGCUGUACGAGGAAGAAUGUCUUGUAUAUAGACCUAAGACCUAG